CCUCCCUGGCGCGGGUGGGAGCCGCUGACUCAUCUGCCAUCAUCAUCCUCCCCCCACGAGGAAGGGCAGUUCGAGGGGCUGCAUUGCAGACCCAGCCGCGCCAGCAGACAGACAAAAGCGACGCUGCACCGCCCGCGGCUUCCCGGCACAAAGAGCCCGGCCGGCAUCGAGCUCACCCAUCCGUCCACCCUCCGCAGCCUGAAAAUGCUGGACACCAUCAGCAGCCAGUACGACUCCUUCAUCUACUGGAGGAUGCCGAUCCCACGGCUGGACGUGGCCGAGCUGGAGGGGCUGGGGCUCGGAGAUAUGGCCCUCUACAAGCCCAAGGGAGGCCUGGGCAAGCUCGGUGACCGGGACAGCCAGGACCUCUCCCAGGAAGAGGACAGUCUGCUGCAGUUCAACAGCUUUAACUUCUGGCGAGCUCCCAUUGCCAGCAUCAGCUCCUUAGAUUUCGAUUUAAUUUGAAGCCCUUCCUGCCUCUCCUCACCCCGCCGCUCUCUCCCUUUCCGCCAGGCAUGCCAGGAUUUGGUUUUGUUGUCAGUUUGGAGGCUGUUGGGUUGGUUUGUUGGUGGUUUUCUUUUUGGUUUCUGGGCAGUUUUGCCAUUGCUCAUUCACUCAGCAGUUCACCGUGGCCUUGACGGUGAUGGGCUCCCCGAAAAUCUCCAACCCCUCUCCACCUUCUCCCCCUUUUCGUCUCCAGGAAUCACAACGGUGCGAGUGGGGGGUAACAGUGCCAGGGGCAAAGAUGAUGGGAGGGGGCAGAAAUAGCUCCCCUGAUUGCCCCUCUCCGUUGCCAGAGGGUUGGGGAGGUGCCACCCCCCCUUGUCAAGCUGUCCCCGCCCUGUGUGACAAUUUCUCAGCUCAUUUCUCAUGUGCUUUUUUAAGAAACUCAUUUGUGCAAAUGGGGCGCCGGAGGAGCAAUGGGAAUCGCCCUCGUUUUGCAGAAAGCAUCGACUCUCUGCGCUCCCCUGGCCCAAUUUCUCAAAAAUCUGCUUCGUCCCUUAACCUUCCCCUCAGGAAUGCAAGGUGGAAGAGGCAGGGAUGUGCCCAAGAUAUCAGCACAAACCUAUUUCUUGAGAAAAAUAAUCACUUUGAGCCUUGUGGUAUGAACCCAAGCUGGAAAAAUUAUGUCCAGGAGGGUAAAUAGACAUGGAACUGCUCUGACCUUGUUUGGUGACCUUGUUGGGUGUUCAUCGCCCCAAAUUUGAUUUUUUUUCAUCCUUUUUUUACGCCCCACGUGGUUUAUUCGCGGUGCAACUCCUGACCGGGACAGACACCAGGUACAUUGUGGGGUCUGGAAGGCUGAUGGGGCAGAGCUGAAAGAUAAGAAGGAGAAUUUAGUUUGAUCUUACCCCCAAGUGAAAAUAUUUCAAGUUUUCCACCCGCUUAAUCAAUCCCUUGAAAAACAACAACAAGCAAUGCUGCAUUCAUUCGAGUGGAAGCCUUGAGUUUUCUCCGGGGAGAUUUUCACCUGCUGAGGUUUAUUUCUGAGCAUCAUCUCAAAAUGGGGGGAAAAACCCAACUUGGAAUAAUUUUUGGCUUUUAAACAGGUUUCCCCACCCCCCCAUCCCCAAGAUUGUUUUCUGGGAUUGGUUUGUCUUGUUGAAUGUGCUUUUUUUUUGGGUUUGAUUGGGGUGAAGUGAUGUGGAGCAUCCCAAAAUCAUCCUGAGAGCUGGGGGGUAUGUGGCUGGGGGCAGGCUGAGGCAGUACUUAAAAAGUGCCAGAAAUAGGCAAAAAUUGGGAAAAAUCUGCAUUCUGCUAUGAAAAUGGGAUGCAACUCUCCUGUAACCUCCAGAAAUAAUCAAGUUUGCUGAUAUUGAACCAUCUGUGUAAAACCAGAGGUGAAAAAUGUAAACUCUCCUCUGCAGAGCUGUUUGACUUCCGUGUUCCCAGCUGGGAAAACCUGCAGAAGUAUUUAUUAUGAAAGUUUAAAUAAAAUCAGUU